AUGGAGACCGGCCCGACCACCUUGACGGGCUAUCCGCACACCGGGCUGGUUGGCGAGAAGACGAGGGGCGUCUUUCUGCUGCUGGGGGUAUUCCUGUGUCUGGUGGGCUCCGUGUUCACCAUCACGGGCUGUCAGGCGCCACCUGGAGAGGGAGUGGGCGACCACCGCCUGGAGUGGGUGGGUCUCCUGGGGCCCAUCAUGCUCUCCGUCGGGGGGGUCUUCAUGCUGAUCAGCACGUGCAGCUUCCGGAUGUUCCCCUGCCUGCUGUACCGGCUUACCGGAGAGAGGGCGGAGGAGGAGGAGGAGGCGGCGGAGGAGCACAGAGGAGCGGCGGAGCUCUCCUUUGUGUUCAACGGCGUCCAACCCCCCGUGGUGUUCCACUGCGCGGCACAGUUCAGCCCCCCGCCGUACGACUCCCUGGCCCCGCCGCCGCCGCAGCAGCAGCACCACCACCAGCUCUACCAGCACCGCCAGCUGCACCCAGUGGGCGACAGGGGCCCACCCCCGCCUUGCUUCCACCACCUGUUCCCCGUGGAGAACGAAGCCUUCACCUCAGAGGACGGUUUCCCGCUCGGCCGUGGCCGUGCGCUAACGAGACCGACGAGGAGCAGAGUUCAGGAUGGACAGCAGGGGGAGGAGAAAGACGAAGACAACAGCUCCACCUGCUCUCCUCCUCCACCUGCAUACGAAGACAUCUACCCCCCUUCAGUUAGUUUCCCCAUCGCGACGGAGGUCCGACCAGACGAACACGCAGUAAUCCGCUCCAGUCGGCCGGGAUCAUCGGGCUUGGGGUCCGAGGCGGGCCUCAGUUCGGACCGGCCCGGCUUUCAUCUCAAUGUGAGUCAGGAGUUGAUUCAAACAUGGAGUGAUGGCUGA